AAAAUUUUCAAAUUUAAGGUAAAUCGUGGUAUCUUGUUUAGAAAAAUGUACUAAACGAUAAAAGAAGCAAUAAUUUCUUCCACUCCCGGAGAAAUAAAUGACAAAAUCUUUUGAUUUCUUGAAUUACUUUAUUGGGAGAACAUAAUUUUUUCGAAAAACCCUUAAAAUUUGCUUCAUUUUAUUAAUUUCACCUUAUAAAAAAUGAUAGAAAAUAGUACAAAUGACUAAAUAGGAAACAUAUUCCAAGCCCUAUAAAAUCUGUAAUUUCUAGGAGCUUCCGGGGGCUUCGUCCCCUGGACCCACACCAGGACUUCGCCUCAAGACGGCCCCAGCCCCCCUGCCUCAUAAAGUGGCGCUCCCCGUAACUGCAAUUCCUGGAUCCGCCCCUGAGGAUACACGGUGAACAUACUUCCACCUACGGAAUCAGAAGAGAGACGUACACACUGGGUGCAAGUGAAAAUGGAAUAUUGCUACAUAAAGACGGGAAGUUGAAAAUAGCUGAAGUCAAUUCGUUUGUCAUAAAAGUAGAAGAUAUUUAAAGCACAAACAGAGGAAACAUCACCACAUUUCGCGCCCUUUCUCGGAAAGAUAGAUAUGAUGGGCUACAGAAAGAAAAUUCUUUAUAACAGCAUGGUGUUUAUUCUGCUACAGAAAGAAAAUUCUUUAUAACAGCAUGGUGUUUAUUCUGCUACAGAAAGAAAAUUCUUUAUAACAGCAUGGUGUUUAUUCUGCUACAGAAAGAAAAUUCUUUAUAACAGCAUGGUGUUUAUUCUUUUACAGACCGGGCCCACAAGAGGUCUGAAACAAGUGCGUUAUCAAAAAGAGCCGUUAUUUGAUGGGGUUCUUCCUAAGAAUAUCUCGUUUUACUUUAAUUUCUUCGAGAACUUAUCCCACCUAGCCUGUGCCAUUGAAUGCUCCACAAACGACCCAAUCUGUGUAGGAUACUUGUAUAGUUCAAGUCUAAUGCAUUGCAGACUCCUUAGAAAAUUUCUGGGCGAAAGUGAAAUAGCAGAUGACUACAAUGGAAGCGGAUGGGAAUACCGCAGCGUAGAAGUGAAAUGGCCAAAGGGAACCUAUACAUUGGUUAAGCCACAGACCGGAUGUCCAUCAGGGUGGAUGGAAGGAUGGAGAAACCAGGACAAUGAAGACUACGAUAAUAAAAACCAAGUAGAACACGGACAUCAUUUCUUUGGCAUCAGUGGGACCAAUCCAAGGAAUCUGAAUUUCUCUUACUGCACCAAGGAUCUUGAUGAUUUUAAUGACGAGGGUUAUUGGCCCGGUGGAAAUUACUGUAUUCUGAAGCAUGGAAGUGAAUGUCCUUCUGGAGCUUUCCAAAAUGGAAGCGUUCAUUGGGAUGACGAAAACUCUGGAAAUAAAAACACAGUAGGAGGAGAAUUACCAAGUGGAAAUUUUACUUGGAAUACAAGAAUUGACUACUGUUGCAGAAAUGACAGUUCCUACUUAACGGAAAUUCGACUUCCAAAAACGAAGCCGUUUUAUCUGUUGAGAUAUACCAAUCACUGCCAACGGGUUGAGGGAAUGUACGUCAGAGAAGAAACCGUGAAAACAGAUAAUGAGGACGACGACAACAGCAAUAGUGUGUCUGGAAAUCAUCCAUACGGACCGGUGAACGGAGAAUCGAACCACAAGCUCUUUUAUUGUUAUUAUUGGUCAAUGUAAUAUAGUACCAUCUCCUGACGGUAAUAGUUCUAUAGCAGAUUGAUCCGAAAAUACACAUGUACUCUCCAAAUACCCUCAGUAAUGAUGCAGUUUCUCAGAAUAUUUGAAAAGUACAUUACAUAGGACAAGUACAUAUAUAUUUAGUGACAGUAUCUCUAAUAAGAAUCUUCAGUUUUAGUAUAAUUUAAAAGUUGUCCGUUAAACCCUGUUGUUUUAGAUAAAAGAGGAAUAUCAAAAUCCCGUAUUAGACAUAUUAAAACAAAAUUGCCUACCA